AUGGAGCUCGAUUCUCAAACGAAGCGCGUGCGGCCGUCGUCGGCCAAGGCGGCGCGACCGACGCCAACGCCGGACGACCCGAGCACCUCGCACGUCAAGCUCGCGAUCCUGCAGCACAUCUUGCAGCGCGAAGAGUGCAUUUCCGAGCUCCUCGAGACGGUGCAGCACCAUGCCGUCGACGCGGCGCUGCUCUUGUCCUUCUUGCCGCUUCUGCGCCUGUGUACGCUCGCAGUCCGGUCCGAUACCGACUUUUUAGACGGCGCCUUGGCCGAGAGCAUCCUCGGGCUCUCGAGUCUGUGCAGCAACCCGUUCUUCACAUCGCUCAACCUCACAGCGCCGCAGCUCCGGCGCCUCGCGAGCAGCGAAGAGCUCUCGGACGACAUGGUCUCCUGCAUCGUCCGCCGCGUUCGCUUCGGCGAGGACGCCAGCGUCGUGGACCCAGCGUUGGCGACGCGGGUCGUACGCGCCAUGGUGCACAUCGUGCGCGAAGAAAUUUUAGUCGACGCCGCGAUGCCCAUGCGCACUCUGGCGCCGCUGCAGUGGGACGUUCGUGAGAGCGCUGGCGAAGAGGCGCCGAAGAAGAGGCGCUUCAAGCUCCCACCGCCGCCGUCCACGGACGCCACAAAAGUCGAGGCAAAGCCAACAAAAGCAUCUCCGCCGUCGGCGGCCCGACGCCGACGCCGCGUCGACACGAGCAGCUCGAUGUCAGAGCUGCAGCGCAUUUUUGAGCUCUGCAACGACGUGACGACUGCGGCGGGGCAGCUCCAGGCGCAGCUGCGGGUGCUCGAUGAAGCCACUGGCGACGAGCGACCGUACGUUGCAAGGGUCGGCCACGCGCGAGACGUUGCGACGUGCGUGGAGAGUGUGGCAACACCGGUUAUAGCAAAACCAGAGGCAGCCUUGACGACAGAGCCUCUUGUGUCUGCAGCGGAUCUCGUCGAAAUCAUUCCGACCGAGGACGACGACGAUGUCCUCCGGAGCAUCACUGGUCGGCUCCAGACGCUGCGUGCGCUUGUGGCUUUGGAUGACGAUAUCGCACCCAGCGUGGACAAGCCAACGACUGAGGUGCACCGGAUCGAACCGAGUCCGGAGCCGAUAGUGUCCGUCUCUCCGACCACAAAGCGCAAGAAGAAAAAGCGGCUCGAGGCGCCCAAGUCCCCGAAAGCACGCGCAACGACGUCGCCUGUCAAGAAACCAGUCAUCAAGCAGCAGCCCCUCGCAUCCACUAUGCGAACCAAGUACUCUAGAAUCAAGCCCACGACACCCAUCGUUUCAACAACCACAACCAUCGCUCCUGCAACGACAACCACAGCUCCUGCAACGACAAUCAUGGCGCCAGCAACGACAAUCAUGGCGCCAGCAACGGCCACGACGGUAGCAAUCCUGGAGCCAGCGACGAGCCCACCCGCGUCACCACCUGCAACGGGGCAGUCGAAUACGCCACUGGACCACUUGCGUCCGAGCGCCAAGGCGCGACCAGUGACAAAGCCAUCGAAGCGACUGGCCUCGAUGACCGACGUGCGCGCAGAGCCGCACUUUCCGUCGACGCGAGCAGCACGAUCGCAGUCGCAGUCGCUGCUGGCGCCAGAACCGCUGGCGUCGUGUCCGCUCCCACUCGAAUGCGCCGACGCGUCAGCAACACCUGGCGACCUCGACGUCGUACCUCGCCUCGACAUGCUGUCGGUGGAAGCCGCGCCGUCGACGCUGUCGGCGCGUCACCGUCGACGGAGCCUCGACCACCGACGCCGGUGUCUCCUCCAGCACCGGCAGUCGGCAGCAACGACGCUCCAGCACGCGUGGCGGUGCUAUCUGCGACGACAGCGCCAGAGACGACGCAACACCGCCGCCAGCAUCCUCGCUGCGUUUUGGUGCCAAUGCAAGCGGCGCUGGCGCCGUCACCACGCAGCCGCCAUCGUGAUUCAAUCCAAGUGGCUCGAGCACCGCGAGAAACGCCGGCAGACGCGGCUCCUCCACGAGCGCACGGCGCAGCUCAUGGGCGGCGUCGUCGUCCAGUGCAUCCACCGAGCCAUCGACCAGCAUCUGCGCGCGCGGGCUGCGGGGCGAUUCAUCGCCAAGUGGAUUCUUCGCGUGUACCGCACCACGUCGGCCGUUCCCAUCAAUUCCGCGGCAGAGGCCGACGUCACACCGUCUCUCAACCCACUCGAUAUAGCGACUGCCGCCAACGAAGUCGUCCCCGUUGCUUUCGACAUAGAGCUGCCAACCGGCCUGGCGGUUCCUGCGCCGUCCUUGGCGUCUGAAGAAGCCACUGCGUACUACAUGAGCGACGAGUUUGAUGACGUGGCGCCACCAGCAGUCAGCCUGACGCCCUCACUGCCGUCGUUGCUGUCGCCACGUGCGCUGCAGCUCACGUACUUUGUCGAGUGGAUGACCAACAGCCUCCGGUGCGUCCAGUUCCGAAGCAUUCAGACGCGGGCGCUUCGACACCGGCGACUCGAUGCGUUUCGCGCGUGGGAGGCGACGACCGACGGCUGGCGCCGGCGCCGCGACGCCUUUCAUGCGUGGGCCGACGUCGCGUCGGCCGAGGCGACCAAGCGCGCGCAGCUCCGCAUCGAGUUCGCGCAGGACGCCAAGGCGUGGAAGAAGCUGCGAUCUGGCGUGCGGCACCAGCGCUGGACCAAAGCGAUCGAGGGCGGGCGGCAGCAUGGCGAGUCAUAA